CAACGUCGCUGGUUUGGCAAAGAUCGCUGGGCAAGAGCUAACGGCACACACACACACACACAGACGUACAUGCACACAAAAAGACACACACACAUACACAAAGAGAAAGAGAGAGAGAGGAAGAGAGACGGACAACAACAACAACAACGGCAACGACAGCGACAACAACUGCAAUAUUUUUGAAGGCAACCUCCUCCUGAGUCUUGCAGUUGGUCAUGUUGUUGUUGUUGUUGCGUUCAAGUUGAAAAACUUUCGCCGCACAUCCUAAGCGCGAGGCUAGGUGAGGCCUAGGCAAAGAAAUUAAUAUCACAAAAAGAAAAAAUAAAACUAAAUAAAAAACGCCAAAAAAAAAAACAAACUCCAACAAAACAAAAUAAAACAAGGAGAAAAACUGACAGCCGAAAAGAAACAGCUACAACAACAACAACAGCAACAACUACUGCUGCUGUUACAGUAGCAGCAACAACAACAAUAACAACAACAACAACGAUAACAACAAGUGCAAUAAAGCAAUGACAGCCACGGAUAGCAGCCCUGAUGGGGAAGUCAAGCACAGAUAUAUACCCAAGCAGCCACCGGCGUUACCAAUGUCCCAAAAGACGGACGGAACGUCGACGCCGACUGCAACUCCGGCGCGCACUUGGCGGGAGAAAUUCCGCAUUGUGUCCAACAACAUCACUGUGGAGCCCAUACUCUUUGCCUACGUAAUGCCCAGCGUGCUGUCCAAUCUGGCCACACAGAACCUUAACCUGGAGAAGGCAUGCCGGGUCAACAUGAAUUACGGAGAUGAGGUUUGUGAUGCGUUGACGCGACGAGAGACCGCAAACUAUACGCUUGAGGAGGAGACUGUGCAGCAAAUGGUGGCACGUAUGGCUGCCUGGAAGACAGUCAUUCAGUCCGCAUUUCCCUGCCUGCUGAUCUUGUUUUGGGGCUCGUGGAGCGAUCGACAUCGUCGACGCAAGCCCUGCAUUCUCAUUCCGAUUGUGGGCGAGUUUCUGGGCGUGGUUGGUCUUAUGCUCUGCGUCUAUUUUGAGCGUACGCCCAUGGAGGUGGCGGCCCUAACGGAGGCGAUCUUUCCAUCGCUCAGUGGCGGUUGGUUCACCAUGCUAAUGGGUGUCUUCAGCUACAUUGCGGACAUAACAACGGAUGAGGAGCGUACGCUACGGAUUGGCAUACUCAACGUAUGUUUCUCGGUGGGCGUGCCAGUGGGCAUGGCCUUUAGCGGAGUGCUACUAAAGAAAAUUGGAUUUUACGGUGUCUUCUCUGUCUCGGCCACAUUCUAUGUAAUAUCCUUUGUAUAUGGAUUGUUCUUUGUACCCGAGCCGGCUGCCAGGCCUGAGAAGACGGCGGAACAGCGCGGCCUAUUGGCCGACUUCUUCGAUAAGGCACAUGUGGCGCAAACAUUCCGCAUGGCCUUCAAACGUGGCGAGAACCAGCGACGCAAGCGCGUUAUCCUGCUCAUGAUUGCCUUGAUGGUCAUCAUCGGACCUCUGCACGGCGAGAUGGCAGUCACGUAUUUGUUUACGCGCUUCCGCUUUAACUGGUCCGAGGUCGAGUUCAGUUUCUUCUCAACCUAUGCGAUGUUCACGGGCCUCAUUGGCGUCAUCUUCUGUGUUGGCAUUCUGUCGCACAAGCUCGGCAUCGAUGAUGCACUGGUGGGUGUGCUUUCCAGCACCUCCAAGAUCCUAUCAUCGUUUGUUUACGCCUUCGCCACCCUGCCCUGGCACAUGUAUCUGGGUGGUCUGGUGGAGAUCUUUAAUGGCACGGCCUUUAUUGCGAUGCGCUCGAUAGCCACGAAGCUGGUCUCCAAGGACGAGCUGGGCAAGGUCAACUCCCUUUUGGGCGUGGCCGAGGCACUAAUGCCCAUGGUCUUUGCUCCCAUGUAUACGACGCUGUAUGCGUCGACAUUGCGGGUCCUGCCGGGCGCCUUCUACCUACUCGGCGGUGGCUUGACCUUGAUCUCAGUGGUCAUAUUCCUCUGGAUGUAUCGAUUCCAAGUGCGGCAGCGUCCACGUCUGACGGGCGUCGAUUCAGAGCAGCCGCCUGUCAAGGACCCGAAUGGUAAUAUAAACGCCAUUGAGACGCUAGCACUGGCCAGCGAGGCCAAGGGUCAGCUGAACGGCAUCAUAACGAAUGUGAUACACGAGUCCUUGGAGCAGGCGACGGCGCCAACGCCAACUCCAGCGUCCAGUAGCGAAGCCCCCAAACCCAAUGGUAUUGAGAAUCGCGCCUUUUUGGAGGAUGAAACGAGCGAAAGGAGGGAGGUUAUCAAACCGUAGGCCUGGGCAUAUGUAUAUCGAUAUCUGAAGGGUAUUGGCAGUCAGUCGAUUAAGCAACAAUAUUCUGAAAAACUGUGCACUCUCUUAACUGACCAGAAGCCGGCUGCUGUAAAUAGUUUCGAAGAUGUCUGUCUAGGAAUUAUAGUAGCAAAGGCAAGGGUUUAUUGGGACACACUAUUUGGCGAUCAAGAGUUAAUUGCUUUAUAAAAAAUAUGUGUUUUUUUUUGAAUCGUUUUUGUAAUUGCGAGUAGUUUGAAUUAUUUAUGGAACAUUAUUUAGUAACAAAAAGCUGAUGGCUAUUAGGCUAAAUAAUUUCGAAAUAUUGCACUGAGUCGUUGAAAAAUUAACAGAACUUUUACUAAUUUUGAAUGACAAAAUGCUGAUGUUUAUUGAAAAAUAAAAAUCAAUUACUAGAAAUUUCAAUGUUCAAAAAAUGUUCGAGAUUAA